UUUGGAAAUGGUUUUUGGUUUAGGCGUGCGAUUGUGGAGGAAUUAGUGGGUUUUGGUGCGAGAGUGCAUACUUGUUCUCGGAAUGAGAAUGAGCUGAAACAGUGUUUGAGGGAUUGGAAGGAUUUGGAGUUCGAGGUUUCUGGAUCAGUUUGUGAUGUGUCUGUUCGAGCUCAGAGAGAGGAGCUAAUGAAGACUGUGGCUGAUACUUUUGAUGGGAAACUCAACAUUCUUGUAAACAAUGUGGGUAGAAAUAUACGAAAGCCAACAACAGAGUUCACAGAUGAAGAAUUUUCUUUCCUUAUGAAAACGAACGUCGAAUCUGUCUUCCAUUUAUCUCAACUCGCUCAUCCUUUUCUAAAAGCCUCGGGCGAGGGGAGCAUCGUGUUCAUGUCCUCCGUGUCGAGCUUUGUCUCUCUGAAGUCCAUGUCUGUUCAAGGAGCAACAAAAGGUGAUCGAUCAGUGAUCAAUNUACCUUCUUUCUUAUCAAGUCUAUGUCAUUGCUUGAAGAGAAUAUGCGAAUGA